CCAGUGAAUCGUUAUUCCCAUUUCAAAUAAUAUCACCCUGUCUGUCCAUAAGCUGAGUGCAAGAAGAUGUCUCAACAGCUGAAGAUCUGGGAGGACAAAGCUUCUGGACCUGAAGCCAAGGGUCUUCUAGUACCAUGGGCCGAGAAGGAAAAAGUAGAUGUGUCCACAUUUCCUGAAAUAAAGGAAGUGUUUGUGGAGACUUCUGUGAAUUCUCCAAUAACAAUAUCUGAUGCCUCAGAUGGAGAAUGCGCAGAGGUGUGUGUGGUGAUUGAAGCCGAAUCGUUCCCACAGAAGAGUACUGGGAAAAGGAAGAUGAAGAAAAGGAAUAUAGCUCUCACACGAGAGAGGCUGCUAGAAGAAGUGAAGAACAAUCUUAGAGAUAUUGAAGACUUCUGCAUUGCUUGUGGCAGCUUGAAUGUUACCUUUGAGCACCCUCUGUUUAUAGGGGGCAUGUGUCAGAACUGCAAGGGCUGGUUCCUUGACUGGGGAUAUCAGUUUGAUGAGGAUGGAUAUCAGUCCUACUGCAGCAUUUGUUGCUCAGGGAGAGAAGUGCUACUGUGUGGCAGUAGGAACUGUUGGAGGUGCUUCUGUGUUGACUGUGUUGACUUGUUUGAGGGCCCAGGCUCAGCAGACAGAGCUAUACGCAAUGAUCCGUGGACUUGUUUCAUGUGUGAUGAGAUUGGAAUCUAUGGGCUGCUGAGACGGAGAGAAAGCUGGCAGAGCCAUGUGCAAAGACUACUCUCCAAUAACCACGACAAACAGUUUGACCCACCAAAGCUUUACCCACCUCUCCCAGCUGUACAGAGGAAGCCCAUACGAGUCUUAUCUCUCUUUGAUGGCAUUGCAACAGGACUUGUGUCACUGAAAAUUCUCAAGAUCCAGGUAGAAAAGUAUGUUGCUUCUGAGGUAUGCAAAGACGCCAUAAAUGUAGGCAAAAUGCGUCAUCCUGGUGAGAUCAUCUAUGUUGGAGAUGUUCGCAAUAUCACACGCAAACAGAUUUCAGAAUGGGGGCCUUUUGAUCUUGUUAUUGGGGGAAGUCCUUGUAAUGACCUUGCUGUUGUCAACCCAGUAAGGAAAGGUCUGUUUGAUGGGACUGGGCGCCUCUUUUUUGACUUCCCUCGUCUUCUCCAUGAAGCUGAGCCUAAUGCAAAUGAGAGACCAUUCUUUUGGUUAUUUGAGAAUGUUGUAGCCAUGGAUAAAGGAAUCAAGAAAUAUAUAUGCAACUUUCUGGAGUCCAAUCCAGUCACGAUUGAUGCAAAAGAAAUGUCGGCUGCACACAGAUCCCGUAACUUUUGGGGAAACCUUCCUGGCAUGAACAGGCAUCUGGUUGCUACAGAAAAUGAUAAAGUGGAACUUCAGGAGUGUCUGGAACCUGGCCGUGUAGCCAAGUUCAGAAAGGUCUACACCAUCACCACCAACCCCUACUCCAUGAAACAGGGGAAACAGCACCAGUACCCAGUGACAAUGGAUGGGACUGAGGACAUUCUGUGGUGUACAGAAAUGGAAAGAGUCUUUGGAUUUCCAGUCCAUUACACAGAUGUUGGGAACAUGAGUCGAGUUGACAGACAAAGGCUUCUGGGAAGAUCCUGGAGUGUUCCUGUAAUCCGUCACCUUUUUGCCCCUCUCAAAGAAUAUUUUGCCUCUUCUGUCUGAGUUUAGGCCAGCUUUGUUUUUUAAAGAUGUUUUACAAAACUAUAUUGAAGUUUUACCUACACCUUUGUUUGUACAAUAUGCUUUAAAUAUUUAAAUAAAUAGUGUUUAACUGUGUGCGUGAUGUAGGAAUGAUGAUAUGAACAGACAUAGCCGUACUAGCAAUAACAAAAGCAUUAUGUGCACCAGGUGCAGCAAUAACAUUUAAUGCAUCUAUAACUUUAUGAACCUUUAUGGUAGUUGCACCACUUCAGAGAGUGCAACUGGCCUACAAGUAGAAAUAACUUGUUUUCAAUUACUCAAAUCUUGUCCAUGGGAUGUUGCUGGUUGUUAUCAUUUCUUCAA